AAAAUAUAUAUAUAUAUAUAGAAGGAUGGCAAUGAUCGGAUCUUUGGAUCAUUAUUUAGCAGGAACGUCGUUUUCCAAUUAUAUUGAACGACUUGAAUUCCUGAGUCAACUGAAUGGAUGGGCGGAAGAGAAGAAAAAGUCAAUUUUGAUCGCUCUCUCCGGUUCUGUAGUCUACGAUGAGCUGAAGUUAAUAUUUCCAGCAGUUGAACUGAAAACAUUAAAGUAUGAUGAUAUAGUUAAAAAGCUUAAGGAGAGGUUCGAUAAAAUAGAGCCUGAUAUGAUGCAAAGAUACCGUUUUUAUAACCGAUUCCAGGGGUCAGAUGAGUCAGCUGAAAAUUUUAUUUUAGCGAUUAAGCUACAAGCUGAGCAUUGUGACUUCAAAGAAUUCAAAGAUACAGCUAUUAGAGAUCGUUUGAUUAUGGGUGUUUUUGAUAAGGACUUGCAGAGAUCUUUGUUAUUGGAAGAAGAUUUGGCCUUAACUACAGUAGAGCGAAAAAUAGUGAACAGUGAAUUGGCAGGAAAAAGAGCUAGGUUAAUUAAUGCGAAUAAAAUAGAUGUCGAUGGUGUGUUAGCAAUAAAGAACCGUUUGGGACGGAGAGAAAUUUUUGACAAUGAUCGUUAUAAUGAUAGACGUUUUAGUGGACAGCAUAGGAAAAAUGGGUACGGUUAUAAUGAAAAUCGUGUUAGUUUUAGGCGCGAUUUUAGGAAAAGAUCGGCUUCUGCCAGUAGAAAUCGGAACUCAUAUGCUAGUGCUAUUUGUAAUUAUUGUAAAAAGAAGGGCCAUCUUAGAAGAGACUGCUAUAGUUAUAAAAACAGAAAUUCAGUCAGAUUUUUAAAAAAUGAUACUAGGGAAGAAAGCUAUAACUUCAAAAGGUCUAAAGAACGAGAUUCUUCUGUUGAGACUGAUGGCCUAGAGUGCAUGAUGAUAUCUACAAUAAAAAAAAAUAAUGAUCCAUGCAUGGUGGAGGCUGUUGUUCAAGGCUGUGUCUUGAGUAUGGAAAUUGAUUCAGGAUCAGCGGUAUCGGUUAUAAGUGAAGCGGAUUUCCAAAAAUUGUUUAGUAACAUACCGUUAGUCAGCAGCAAGCGACAGCUUGUUGUGGUGAACGGUAAACGGUUGAAAAUCUUGGGGGAGAUCGAUGUCAAGGUGAAAUUGAAUGGCUUCGAGCACCAGCAUAUGCUAGUGGUUUUGGAAUGCCGUAAUCGAUUUGUUCCCUUGAUUGGUCGUUCUUGGCUUGAUUGCUUUUACCCUGAUUGGAGAUCUGGCUUCGUAUCCGUGUCUUCAGUUAAUAGCUUGACUGAUGAGAAAGAUUUUUCAGAACCUAUAGUGGGCUAUGAAGGUGAGCUAAUUCUGAAGCAUGAACAGCCGAUAUUCAAGAAAGCGUACACUGUGCCGUUUAAACUGAAGGAUAAAAUGCUAGAGCAUUUGGACAUGCUGGAACAGCAAAAAGUAAUAACGCCUAUUGAAGCCAGCGAAUGGGCUUCGCCGGUUAUUGUUGUCGUGAAGAAGGAUCAAGAUAUUCGCAUGGUUGUUGAUUGCAAGGUAUCUUUGAACAAAGUUAUUGUACCGAACACUUAUCCGCUACCGCUAGCUCAGGAUAUUUUCGCCACUUUAGCGGGUUGUAGGAUUUUUUGUUGUCUCGAUUUGGCUGGAGCUUAUACGCAGGUUCUUCUUUCAGAACGGUCCAGACAAUAUACUGUGAUAAACACUAUUAAGGGUCUUUUUAUAUAUAAUCGACUGCCACAAGGUGCUUCCAGCAGUGCUGCGAUUUUUCAAAAAAUUAUGGACCAGGUCCUGUGUGGACUGGAAAAAGUAAGCUGUUACUUGGACGACGUCCUAAUAGCAGGUGAAAAUUUUGACGAAUGUUACAAGAAUUUGAAACUAGUUCUUGACAGACUGCUUAAAGUAAAUAUUAAGGUUAAUUUUAAGAAGUGUAAGUUUUUUGUCACAAAAUUACCUUAUUUGGGACAUCUCAUUACGGACAAAGGUUUGUUGCCUGCGCCUGAGAAAUUAUCCACGAUAAGUGAAGCUAAACCGCCUACGAAUGUAGCAGAGUUAAGAGCGUUUCUAGGCUUGAUUAACUAUUAUAACAAAUUCGUUUCACAUAUGUCAACUAAGUUAAGAAGCUUAUAUGCUUUACUGACUGCUAAUGUUAAAUUUAUUUGGACAAAGGAAUGUCAAGAAGCUUUCCAGAAUGGAAAACAGGCCUUGUUGAAAGCAAACUUACUGGAGUUCUAUGAUCCAAAUAAACCAUUAGUGGUUAUAUCGGAUGCUAGUUCGUACGGAUUGGGUGGAGUUUUAGCUCAUGAAAUUGGGGAAAUAGAAAAACCGAUAUGCUUCACCUCUUUCUCACUAAAUGCAGCCCAAAAGAAAUACCCGAUUUUGCAUUUGGAGGCAUUAGCACUUGUAUGCACCAUUAAGAAAUUUCACAAGUUUCUUUAUGGACAAAAAUUUAAGGUGUAUACAGACCACAAGCCUUUAGUGGGCAUAUUCGGGAAAAAUGGAAACAAUUCGUUGAUUGUAACCAGAAUUCAGAGGUAUAUUUUAGAGUUGUCCAUAUAUGAGUUCAAUAUAGUUUACAGAAAAUCUUCGCAUAUGGGAAAUGCCGACUUCUGCUCGAGAUUCCCAUUGCAGCAAGCUGUACCUCGAAGUUUGGAUAUCGGUGGCAUAAAUAGUUUGAAUUUGACAGACCGUUUUCCUCUAGAUGUUGGACUAAUAGCGAGCCAGACUAGAAAUGAUACACAGCUGACACACAUCAGAAAUUUUAUGGAAAAUGGGUGGCCAAAAACCAUUCCUGAAUCCUUUAAAGACAUGUUUUCGCUAAGAAAUGAUUUGGAUAUUGUUGAAAAUUGUUUAGUCUACCAGGACAGGGUCAUCGUUCCGGUGGCUUUAAGAGCUGGUAUUUUGAAAAUGUUACAUGCCAACCAUAUUGGUAUGGUUAAAAUGAAAAAGCUAGCGAGGAAUACUGUAUUUUGGCCGGGAAUAAACAAUGAUAUAGAAAACUACUUGCGAAAAUGUGAGGCUUGUAUCAAAAUGGCAACUGUUCCGACUAAACCUAGUCACAGUAAAUGGAUUCCAACGACUAGACCAUUCAGCCGUUUACACGCGGAUUUCUUUCAUUUUGAUAGGAAAACAUUUUUACUUAUUGUAGACAGCUUCUCGAAAUGGGUGGAAGUAGACUUUAUGCCACACGGAACAGACGCAAGAAGGGUCAUAAAUAUAUUUAUAAGCUUCUUUGCCAGGUUUGGUCUUCCAGAUGUCGUAGUCACUGAUGGGGGGCCGCCUUUUAAUUCUAAGGAAUUUGUUUCAUUCUUAGAGAGGCAAGGGGUGCAAGUCUUAAAAAGUCCUCCGUACAAUCCAAGUAGCAAUGGACAGGCGGAGCGCUUGGUACGGGUAGUGAAAGAGAGUUUCAAAAAGUACAUGCAUGAUCCAGAAUUACGGAAUCUUGAUGUGACUAUGAAAAUCAAUUACUUUUUGAUUAACUACAGAAACCAAAUUGCCACUUCCGACGGUUUCGUUCCCUCUCAUAAAGUAUUUGCAUACAAGCCAAAAAAGUUGCUAGAUUUGAUUCACCCUUCCAAACAAUACAAAAACUUUUUGGAAAAGCCUAGUCCAAUAAUAAGUCCUACCACCCCUAAAAUCGAUCCAUUUCUUAGGCUAGUGGAAGGUGAUAAAAUUUAUUAUAAAAAUUUUAAAAAGACAGAUAUUGCGAGAUGGAUUGAGGCGAGAUUUAUAAAACAAUUAUCUAAUAACACUUUUCAAAUUUCGUUUAAUAGGAACAUACUUAUGGCUCACAGGAAUCAAUUAAAAUUGGCAAACAAUGUGAUGCAAACGUCCAGACUGCUAGUCCCAGAAGACACACCACAUGGUAGGAAGCGCAGUUGGAAGGAUGACCUUGAAGAACCGUUACACGGAAUACCUGGUUCGUCUACAGGGCCUUUCAGAGGAUUCUCUGACUUCGAACUGUUAAAACCUACUCAAGAAAAAUUACCAAAAACGAACCGUAGUCCGUCAAAAAAGAGCACUGGAAAACGCAUUGUAAUGCAAUCGAAAGGAUAAUCAUCAACAGCAGUGAAGUCUGCAAUCGAAAGGAUGAUCUUUGGAUUUACACGAAUUUUGCAUAUCAUUAUUAUAAUAAGAAGUUUAAUCUCAAACAUCGUUUGAAUUUAUUUAAGAGUUAGUUAAUUCUUCAGAGGGGAGAACUGUUAUGUCAGGAGUAUUUAGUACAUAACGCGUAAUAUGAGAGCACUCAGUUUACUGCUUUAUUGAGAGUGUGCUCUCAGUUCUGAACUACACGUCAAUGGUGUCGGAAGUGCCAAUAGUCGGUGUUAAAUAUUAAUAAAAAAUUAUAAAGUGAAAUAAAGUUUUAAUUGUACAAAUGA